AUGUCGUUCCCAGACUUCCCCGUGCUCUCUGAUGAUCUACUUCGUGACAGAAGCCGGCUUUUCGAAGAAUUCUUAGACUCUGAUUCACCAGUUUACAACUACAAGGAUGAAAUCCACCGCAUGCUACGAACAGACAAAUCGCGUCUCAUAGUCAACCUCGACGACCUGCGCGACUAUAAUCGAGAAUUUACAGAUGGUCUACUCAAGCAGCCCGUCGACUACAUUCAGGCCUGCGACGAGGCGCUACUUAAUAUUGUGCAACGAGUGUAUGACCCAGAGAAACACGAAAUAGAAUCCAGGAGCUAUCGCGUCGGUUUCAGUGGUUCAUUCGGUGAUCACCAUGCCAGCCCAAGAACGCUCAAUGCUUCAAUGCUAGGGAAGAUGAUCUCACUCGAAGGCAUCAUCACACGUUGCUCGCUGGUACGACCGAAAAUGCUCAAGUCUGUUCACUUCUGCCCCGAAACACGACUCUUCCAUUCACGCGAAUACCGUGACGCUACUUCGACUACCUCAAACCUACCCCCCACGAGCUCAAUCGUACCACAAACUGACGACGAAGGACAUCAGCUACAAACCGAAUUCGGUCACUGUGUAUUCAGAGAUCAUCAAAGAAUCAGUAUCCAGGAAAUGCCCGAGCGUGCACCUGCAGGGCAAUUACCUCGGAGCACAGAUAUCAUCCUAGAUGACGAUUUGGUGGAUAAAUGUAAACCUGGCGACCGGAUUCAGCUUGUGGGUAUAUAUCGCAAUGUCGGUGGUGGGUCAGGCGGUACGUUCAAAUCGUUAAUUUUGGCGAACAACAUCAAUCUAUUAUCGACCAAGAUUGGUGGAGGAAUCGCUCAAACUCCCCUCACGGAUUCGGAUAUCCGCACGAUAAACCAACUAGCGAAACGCAAGAACAUCUUUCAUUUACUCUCCGAGUCUCUAGCGCCCUCCAUAUACGGACAUGAAUAUAUCAAGAAGGCCAUUCUGCUUCUACUCCUAGGAGGCGCAGAGAAGAAUCUACCGAAUGGAACGCACAUCCGUGGGGAUAUCAAUCUCCUCAUGGUCGGUGACCCCUCAACCGCUAAAUCACAGCUCCUGCGGUUUGUUCUGGGGACGGCCCCCCUGGCAAUUGCUACCACAGGUCGGGGUAGUUCUGGAGUGGGUCUGACAGCUGCUGUCACGACGGACCGUGAAACGGGCGAACGAAGACUCGAAGCUGGUGCCAUGGUGCUUGCUGACCGUGGCGUCGUGUGUAUCGAUGAGUUCGACAAAAUGUCGGAUAUCGAUCGGGUCGCCAUCCACGAAGUGAUGGAACAGCAGACGGUCACAAUUGCUAAAGCUGGCAUCCAUACAAGUUUGAAUGCCCGCUGCAGUGUUGUCGCUGCCGCAAAUCCGAUAUACGGUCAAUAUGACAUACACAAAGACCCACAUAAAAACAUUGCUUUACCCGACUCGCUGCUCUCACGUUUUGACUUGUUGUUCAUUGUCACUGACGAUGUGGAAGCUACCCGGGAUCGAAUGAUAGCUGACCAUGUCCUUCGAAUGCAUCGAUAUCUUCCACCUGGCGUCGAGGAAGGUACACCUGUAAAUGACAAUCUCUCACAACCUUUGUCAAUUGACGGCCCUGCGGCAAGUGCCACUGAGGCCGAAAAUGCUGAUACCAGCCCUUUCGAGAAGUUCGACCCUCUUCUGCACAUUGGUGUUGGGGGCACCGGGAGGGCCACCCGUAGCAAGACGAAGAAGCACGAAAUUCUUAGCAUUGCUUUCGUCAAGAAAUACAUUCAAUACGCCAAGAGCAAGGUCGCGCCGGUCCUAUCCAGCGGAGCUGCGAACCACAUCGUAGAGGUCUAUGCUAACUUCCGCAACCAAGGAAUGGAGGAGAACCAGAAAAAUACCUCCCCGCUCACAGCGCGAACGCUGGAAACUCUCAUUCGACUAGCCACUGCCCACGCAAAGGCUCGACUAUCCACUAAAGUGGAACUGAGUGAUGCCCAGGCCGCUGAAACGAUAAUGCGGUUCGCCCUUUUCAAAGAAGUUCCCAAACGCCAGCGUAGAAAGCGCAGAAAACUAAACAGCGGUAAUGCCAACAAGGGUCAGGGCGACGAUGGAUCUCAAGAAAGCGGCGACGAAACCGAAGACGAGGACGAAGAUGGCGACCUUAACCCAAUACCGGAGCGUAUGUCGAUGCCCCCUGGCCAGAAGCCAGUGGCUGCGCCAGCGAAGCAAGGUACACAAGAUCCCAUUUGGGGCGACGAGAGUCAAGAUGUGCAAAUGGAGAUUGAACCAUCUGCAUCAACUAAACAACCUGAAGUGCCUAGGAAUAUCGAUCCGGAACGAUUAAAACUAUUCAGAACCCGAUUCGCUGCCGUCAAUGCAGCCAGAGAGGAGGAACAAUACUUCGUAGCAGACUUGAUUCAGUACAUCAACGAGGGCCUUCCUAACGAUCAACUUUUCGGGACCACGGAAGCUACAGAAGCAGCCUUGGCCAUGCAGGAUGAGGAGGAUAUCAUGGUCAGCGACGGCAUAAUUUAUAUGUAG